UCCUCCUUCCCUCUCCCUCUCCCCCAGGUGUUGGCUAGGACAGCCAUCUUCAAGUAGUAGCUUAGCCCCCUUCUGCCUCCCUAGCAGCCAUGGGCACCAUUCACCAAGGGGCAGCUUUCAUCUGCGUCUGAGGAAAAAGAACUGAGAAAUCGAAGCUGGGCAAUAGUUGGGGCUCCCUUGAAAUGGCAGCAGACUAGAGUCAACACCGUUUGGGGCCUCAGUUUCCUUUUCUGUAAAAGAGUGGGUUGGCUUUGACUGCUAGCUCUAAAUGUAGGACUCGAUGCCCAGAUGAAAGGAGUGCCUUCUCCCUGACUUGUAUAGGACGGUGAGGAGGAAAGGAGCUUCGUUGGGCGUGUGGUAUGAGUUCCAGGAGGAGGGGGAAGGAAGGGUACCCUGUGCCAGCCCUCAGUUCCUUUGCUUCCUCUGGCCGGCCUGGUACCAGGAUGUUUGGCUUGGUGGCAAGAGGAGUAAGUUGCAAGGGAGGGAGGAUUUGGGCCCUGUUGAGCCAAGAACCGGUUCCUGGUUCAAGGGUCACACCUUGAAUUCUGUGUGCAAUGCUCUGAGAUCUCUUUCCACUGUUUUCUUCCUCUGCUUGGAACCAGGGAGGGCAGAGCACUGGGGUUGAGAAGGAAGAAGAAGGCCUGGCUGCUGCUUGGCCUGGGGGUCUGGACUCUUGGCUAGUCACACCUGACCAGCCUUUGCUUGGUCUCAGAUGUUCUGAGAAGCCACAGGCCUUCCAUCAGGGAGGCCAUUUGAUGGAGCCUGGUUGGGAUGAGGAGUUCCAGAGUCAGUAGGCCCCUAUCUGCCCAGUUCCAGAGCAGGGUUUUGGCUGUGGAUGAGGGCAUGGAGGAGGUAUCUGAGGACAAGGAAGGAGGGGAGGAGACCUUUCCCUAGGUGGCCCAGAGGAUGACCCAGGAUCAGAAGGCCCGAGCUUGCUGGGUCCUUCAGGUGUGCCAGCCUGAGCUGACCUGCCUGACAAGCUCCUGACUGCCAGGGCCCGCUAAGCUCAAGGUGUACAGGCAGCGGCAUCCGUGGCUGCUGGUCCCCAGGCGGCCACCUCUGGCGCCCACCACUCUCUCCCUUCCCCUGACCCUGGUCCUCCAUGGCGGAGGACUGGCUGGAUUGCCCCGUGUUGGGCCCCGGCUGGAAGCGCCGUGAAUCCUUCCGAAAAUCUGGGGUCACCUGUGGUCGUUCAGACACCUAUUAUCAGAGCCCUACUGGAGAGCGGAUCCGGAGUAAGGUUGAGCUGACCCGCUUUCUGGGGCCUGACUGUGACCUCAGCUGCUUUGAUUUCAAACGGGGCGUUCUCCAGUAUUUGCCUGCCAAGGCAUCUCCUCAAAAGAAGAAGACACAAGCUUGGCCCAAGAAGGCGGUACCAUCCCCCAAAGAGAAGCAGCCUCAGGAGCCCAGACUCGCCCUGCCUGCCCGCCAGAGCCCUCUAGAUAUAUGGUGCGAAAACUGUGGAGCCAACAUCUCAGGGGACAGCGCCGGGCGUCAGCGGCUCCGGUCUCUGUGUAAAAGCUGCCGAGCCCAGAGAAAUGCCUUCAACCGGGAGCAGAGAAUGUUCAAGCGCGUGGGCUGUGGCGACUGUGCAGCCUGCCGGGUGACUGAGGACUGCGGUGCCUGCUCUGCCUGUGUCGUGCAGCUCCCCCAGCUCCCACGGAGUCAGUGUGUCCAGCGCCGCUGCCUCAGGAUCGUUAAUAAGAGCUUCAGCUGUGGCCUCUGUUCUGGCUGUCAAACCAAGGAGGAUUGUGGGACCUGCCGGAUUUGUGAGCGCAGAGGGAAGCCGGGCCUCAAAAGGCAAUGGAAAUGCCUGCAGCGGCGCUGCCUGAAGAAGCGGAUAAUGAAGAGACCCCGAGGGUUGGCCGCUAGGAAGCCCUCAGGCAGGUGGCGCUGCGGCCUGGUACCACCGCCUCCAGCUCGAGCCGUCGGCCCUUCCGGCACUGCUAAGGUGGGGAGCACAGCAGCGUGGCCAGUUGGAUGAGUGUGGGGAGAGCCAGGUUCUUGUUGUUGACCCCCCCCUCCCCCUCAGUUCCCUCCCUUCUUGCCUCUGCUGUGAGGGCUGCUUCCUGGGGACUUCUGUGGGCUUCUUCGUUGCAGAAGGGUUGGGCAUCUUGAGCCCUGCUUUGGUACUGAGGGCUUGGAACCUCGGGAACCUGGGAGGGGGGAUGGGGGGGGCCCUGAGGUCUGGACUCUCCAGCUUCCCUCCCAUUGCCCUGCCUUCCCCACUGACAACAACUUCCGCUGCGGGUGGGGGGGGGCACAGCCCCCCCCCAGUUUCUUUCUCCACUUGUUCUCUCCUCCCUCCUGGGUGCUCUCUCAUUCUCCCUACCCUGCUGUCACUCCCCAGCGCUGUGCCUAGGGCCUCACCAGGUCCCUCUUCUCUUUUCCAAUGUCACCCAGAAAUGCAUGGAGCUUUGGGGGUCCUGUUCCUCCACAGGCUCAGUCUCUGCCCUUGCUCUCUGUUUUUUCCAUCAAUCCCCUUGGGCCCUAUCCUCCCCUGCUCAGGACAGGCCACCUUCAAAGCUACCCAGGAGCCAGAUUCGGUGUCUGACAAGGCCCCCCACAGUGACAGUGAGUGGGGCCUCAGGGUGAGGGUAUGCAUGGUGCAUGUGGGGACAGGACCUUGCCAGUCAGUGUGACUCAGCUGCUUCCUUUUUCCUACCCACCCCUGGGUCUGGGCCACCCUACUGAGCUUAUAGCUCCAUCUUAUCCUAAUCCAGGUCUGUCUGUCUGCCUGCCUGCCUGCCUGCCUGCCUGCCUGCCUGCCUGCCUGCC